UCCAAACGGCUGCUGGGGUUGUCUUGUAAUUUGAUAUGGGUUUCAGGUUAUUUUGCAUGAAACAUAAGAAUUAAAAAAAGAUCUGAUUGUUUCACAUAUCGUAAUUAGUUUUUUUUAUUCGGUUACUUUGGUCAUUUGAAGAAAUUUCAGUAAUGUCUAAGUAUCGGAAGCGGUCGCGUAAGUUUAGUUACAAGAACAUAGUGAAGCGUCGUCGAACACAAGGGAAUUCUGAUGAUGGAAAUAGACUUUAUGCUACUUAUCCUUUUAUUUUUCAAUCAUUUAAUGUUUAUAUUUUAUCUGUUAAUCUAGGGGCAGCAAGGCGGUAUGUUCUUGCGAAUCUUGUAUGUAAAUAUGGCGGCAGAGUGUCUUACUGCGUAACUGAUAAUACAAGUCAUGUUUUGGUGGAUGAAAAUGUAACCAGUGCUGCUGUGUGUCAGGCUUUGGAAUGGACAACAUAUCCUCCACAUAUAAAUGUUGUUUUAGCUAGUUGGGUUAGUGCAUGCAUUAGAGCAAAUUAUUGUCUUGAUGCUUCAGAUUAUGAGUUACCAUGUACACAUAAACCAACUUUUGUUAGUCAUCAUAAUCGUUUGAUUUUAUGGAGAAACCAGCAAAAAAGGUCUGAAAGUGAUUUCCGAGAAACUGAUCGUGGUUCUGGAGUUAGCAAUGAAAUGACUCGUGCAAAUGUUGAUGGUGAAGUGUCGCCAUUUGAUGAUGGCUUGUACGAAGUGGAAACUUCUUGUGAUGAUUCAUGGUUGUAUGAAAUUGCACCUCAUCCUAUAUUAUUUGAUUACUUAGCACCUCAGUGUAUUAAAAAAGCUCGUUCAGGUUCUGAACAAAUUAAUUCAGCUGCUUCUAAACAGUGUAAUCCAGUCUAUAAAGGAAGUCCUCUUAGAGGUUUUAAACGUCGUCGCCGGGAUUCAAGAAUCAUUAUCCAGAAUAAAAGUGUUGUUGUGGCACCUGCUGCGAAAAGUAAUGCAUGUCCAGAUGGUGGAACUGUUUCAGAAAAUAAGGAAUCAAUCAAUAAACGUGCUAUUAGCAUUUCAUCUGCUACAGCAAGUUUGCAAAGUGUGAAUGAUGAGAAAGCUAAAAUUUCUGCUUCUAGUGUAGAAUAUACUGAAUUAAAACAGUCAUUUCCUGAAGGUGAAAGGAAUUCUCCAUCAUGUAGUCCACUGAAUUUGUCCAAAUCUUUUAAUUCGGGAGAUUUAAUUGGAAUGAUAAAAAAUAAUACAACUGAAGUAUCAGAUACAGCUGCUGCUCAAUCCUCAAUGGAGAUUUCUACAACUACUGCAGAUAGGUCUUUGAAAGCUGAAAAUUUAUCAGUAGAACAUUCUCAGUCAUAUCAGUUAAAGCAUACAUUUAAGAAUGAAAUGGCUGAAGACUUGACAUCUCGAGAAAUUCCUCUGAUUUGGAAAAAAGAGUAUUUGAAGUGUGAGAAGUUGGAACUCGAUCAUAAAAAUUCUGAGCAUACACAAACUUCCUCCUCUGAUGUUAAAGCAUCGUCUAUAGGUUAUGCAAAUACAUUUGUAAAUGUAUCAGUAACUGUUACUUCGUCAAAAAUUUGCAAUUCUGUAUCAGUUGAACAUUCUGAACUAGAACCUGCUAAUCAUGAAAUUAAAAAUGAAGAACUUACAGCAGUGGAAUAUAAAAAGCAGGUUUCACUGGCGAGUGAACUAACACCUCAGAACCUGUCUCUGUCAAAGAGAAAGCAAAAUUUAAUACAUGAAAAGUCUGUAAGCGAAAAAUCUUUUGCAUUGGAAACAUUUAAAAUUUCUAAUUUUAAAUUAGAUGAUAAAGUUUCUAGUAGAAAGAAUUACUGUAAGACUUCAGUGCCAAAUUUAGAUGAAAUUGAGUCGGUUUCAGGUAUCAAGCCUUUAUCGAGUGUAGUAACAUGUUUCACUGAGCAAAGAUCAUUGAAUAUACCUAAAGUAGACACCAAAUGCCAGUCAUUUAGUUUCCCAUCAACCUCUUCUAAUUCAUUAUGGAGUUCUGGUCCUUCGACUUCUAAGUCUUUUUUUGUUGAUGGUCCAUCCACUUCUAAUAAUUCUUUAUGUGUAGCUGGACCUUCAACUUCUACUGAUACUUUAUAUGUUGCUGGACCUUCAACUUCUACUGAUACUUUAUAUGUUGCUGGACCUUCAACUUCUACUGAUACUUUAUAUGUUGCUGGCCCAUCCACUUCUUCUGAUGAUUCUUUAUGUGCUGCAGGAUCAUCGACUUCUAAUAAUUCAUUCUGUGUUGCUGGUCCAUCAUCAUCUAUCUCUAAUUCUUUAUGUAUUGCUAGUCCAUCAUUUUCUUUCUCUAAUUCUUUGUGUAUUGUUGGGCCAUCAAAGAAGAAGCUAUUUUUUGAUAAGGUUAAGCCAAAGUCCACUUAUAUAUACAGUGAACAUCCGAAUAGCCUAGCUAUUAAAACACUUCAGUUGCUGUAUGAUAUCUUCAAAAAAAGGAAAGAUAAUAUGAGAAUUCAUGCAUAUGAAAAAGCUAUAAUUGCUCUAAGGAAGCGUAAACAAGCCAUUACGUCACUAGAGGUUUGUUUUUUAAAUGCAUUGUUAAUGAACUGAAAUCUCCUU